UUUUGUGUUGAAUCUGGUUAAUUCAGAAUUAUUAUUUAAAACAAUUUGUCAAGUGAUAUACUAAUUAACAAUUCAAUCUAUUUUUAUUUUCCAAAUUGCUCUUUGAUUCGGUCAAUCGUUUAAUAAAUUAAUUGUUUCCAUCUUGCUGAAAAUCUUAUGUUAACCAGUGAGAUAAAUUUGAACAAGCCAACAACUGUAGUUUUGUUUCCCAGUUUCUCUCUUUCUCUUACUCGUUGCUUCUUUGCCCAUUUUCUUCCUUUCUCUUUCUUUCUCUCAGUAUUUUUAAUUAAAUCUUUUUGAAUUUUGAAUUUCAAGGUAACCUUCAAUUUUUUAAAUUAUUGUUCAUUUCAUGAUUGAAAAUUAAGCAUAAAAUAAUUGAAAAAUUAAUUUGUAUCACAGCAUUUGUGACAUCUUUCUUUCCCUUUCUUUCCCUUUCUUUCCCUCUUUCUUUCUCCUUUUUUCUCUUUCUUUCUCUGUUUCUCUCUCUCCCUGUCUCACUUUCUUUCUGCCUUUAUCAAAAUCUAAUUUUCAGUCUUUUGCUUUGCUUUUUUAUUCUAUUUGUUUCUACUGUUACAACAAUAGUGUUUCUCGUGUCUUUUUGUUUGGUUCAGUUACACCAUUUCCUAAGUUCUCUACAUAGACUGUUGGCAGUCUGUUUUCUCAACACUAAAAUCACAGUUUUACCAUCCUUGGUAUAUACUUCCGUCUUUUCUUCUCCUUUCAACUAUUUGUUAAUUAUUGGAUAGCUCUAAAUUAAAAGCUACUAUCAUGGCAGAAACUGUUCUCAGAUUUGGUCCUGAAUGGCUCCGAGCUCUAACAGAUGGAGGAGUCAGUCAUCAGAGUUCUUCUGUUAAUCCUGUUUCCAGUCACCAGAAUACCCCAUCUUCAGCACACACCAUAACAACAGACAGCUCAUCUUCUAUUUUGCCAAGUAACAAGUAUAAACUGGCUCAGUAUCGUUAUGGUCGUGAGGAAAUGUUGGCUUUAUUUGAUAACGAUAUUGAAAUGGCCCCAGAAUUGAGGGAAAUACCAACUUUGACCGUGGAUAAAUGUCAGCUACCUCUAGCUCUUAUUCCGAUAACGGAAGAAGAGCAUCGUUUGUGGUCAAAGUCUGUGAAUAGUGAGGCUAUGUUGAGGCUUAAUAAGAUGAAUGCUACUGGUAGCAGUGUUGAACGUGAUCGAACAGAAAGAACUGCUACUGUAAGUAGUGUUAACAAUGAAAGAACAACUGGUCCUCCCAUACGAACCAUACGAGGUGGUAUGACCAGCGAAAGAAGUAGAGGACGAGGAAGGCCUACUUAUUAUCAAAGAACAGGAACAUUUGAUGAGAAUGGAGAGACGGGUGAGCCUCGAGAAGCCUUUAGAAAAAACUAUGAAAAGAGCACUAGCGUUAGUGAAGAUGGGCCCAGGGAAAAAAGCUUCGAUAGAUCCUUAUCAAGAGGUGAAAGCAGUGAUGAAGGCAAUAGAAACAGGAAGGACGUAAGACUAGCUGAUAAUUGGAGAUCAGGCGGUCGAAAUGAUGAUCGUAAUAAUUGGAGAGCUCGUGGUAGAACUGAUGAUAACUGGCAAAGAAACCAUGACUCAUGGAGAACUGAUGACCGCGAUGGAUUAGGAGAUGAUAAUCAUAGAAAUGGUCCUAUAAUGCGAAGAGGCUAUGGCAAUCAUUAUAAAAGAAAUUCUGAAGGCUGGGAUGAUGUUGAUGACGAAGAACGUAGAGGAAACUUACCAGAAUGGAGCUUAGAUGAUGAUAUGUCUUGUGAAGCAAGAGUGGGUACAUUCGAUGCAUCAGGAGCAUUUCGUGAAGGGACCAUGGAUGAUGACUUGAAAGAUAUUUCAUCUGGUCACAACUCUAAAGAAAAUAGUGUGAAAAAGAAUACAGUGGAUCAGAAUAGCUCACUUAGUUCUGAUAGUGUAAAUAUGGACAAAAAUGAAUCAUCACAGAAUGAUUCUAAAUUACAAUCUAAUUUAGAUGAAGAUCGUAUUAGUACUCAUUCUUAUGAAGAAAGUAAAGGUAUGAUGGCUCCACCGAUUUCGAACUUACCUGAUAACAAUAUUGAUUCCCAAUAUCAGUUGCAAUCUCAGUUAUCCAGUCAAACACACCAAUCAUCAUUAUUGCCACAAAUUCAAAACCAGCUGCAAAACCAACAAAUAUCAUCCCAACUGCAUUCAUCUUUGCAACAGCCAUUGCAAUCUCAAUUACAAGCUCAAGCUCAAACACAGUUCCAGUCCCAGAUGCAACCUCAACUACAGUCCCAGCUUCAGUCUUUAGCUCAAUCUCAAAUGCAACCCCAACUUCAACAACAGUUACAAUCCCAGCUUCAACCUCAGCUUCAACAACACUUACAAUCCCAGCUUCAAUCACAACUUCAAUCACAACUUCAGCCACAGCUUCAGUCUCAACUUUCUUCUCAGUUGCUUCACCAGCAUCAGACUCAAAGUUUAUCUCAGCAACAGCCACAAUCUCAACACAACACUCAGCAUCAUCUUCAAUCUCUCUUAGAAAAUUCGCAUAUUAACCAUAAACCUCAUCCCGAGGAGGAUGGUUUAUCUCAUCUAGAAAAGGCUGCAGAGAACAUGGUCGCUCAAUGGACUGCUGAAGCAGACCAAGAAGAGAGAGUAAUGAGAGAUAAACAAAGUAAUAAGAUGACUGUUGUCCCACUCCAUCAUGAUGAUGCUUAUAAAUGGUUCUAUCGUGAUCCUCAGGGUGAAAUCCAAGGUCCUUUCUUACCUCAAGAAAUGUAUGAAUGGUCUUGUUCAGGCUACUUCACUUUAGAUCUACUAGUCAGAAGAGGAUGUGAUGAAAGAUUCUCUCAGUUGGGUGAGCUAAUUAAAGCAUGGGGUCGAAUGCCUUUUAUUACUGACAAAAAUCCUCCUCCGGUAGUAAGCAUAACACCCCAAACACAACCAAUAAAGCCUAUCAAUGCAGAUGCAAUUCCUUCUGCUCUAUCGCCAAACUCUCUCUACUCUCAAAACCCAUUUAGACAACAGCAAAUCAUCCAGCAGCGCCAACAAGAUCAAAUACAAAGACAGCUUUUUUUGAAUCAACAAUUACAAAUGCAAACUCAAUUAAGACAACUCCUGGAUCAAUUAAAGAAACAAGAUGGGUUUUCGACACUGUCAGCGCAAGAACAACAGUGUGUUCUUGUUCAGCAAUAUGUAACUUCUCAACAUCAAGCCGACCAAAGGCGUAUGCAACCCACUCCGCCUCAACCGACGAACAUUCCUGAUGAACCUAAAUCAGUGAUGGAACAGCUGUCAAGACUUGGUGUACCGGUUGUCCGUAGUGGUCCUCUCCUUACUCAAUCAACAUCAAGCAUUUGGGACUUGAAUGGUGGUGUGAUUACCGCUUCGGCAUUAGAAGAGUUACAACGUAGAGAAAGAGAUAAAUUAGAGCUUGAAGAAAAGAAAAAGCUUCUGGAAAAAGAACAACUAGAAGCUCAAAAAAGAGCUCAGCUAGAGGCUCAGCGUAAGCGAGAAGAAGAAAUGAGAAUUGAAGAGCUGACCCGUAAACUGGAACAUGAAAAGAAACUCAGGGAAGAAUUACUUAGGGAUCAAGAAGAACGUAGGCGUCGGGAAGAAGAGGAAGAAAAACGGAGAUUAGACCAAGAAAGAAUGGAGCUAGAACGAGAAAAAAAGCGUUUAGAAGAAGAGAGACGAAGACAUGAGGAAAUGCUAAGAGCAGAAGAGCAUGCCAGAAAACAAAGAGAAGAAGAGCGACAAAGACGCCAAAAAGAAGCUGAAGAAAAUGAAAGAAUCUUACGACAAGAACAGAUGCAGCAAGAAAUGACCCGGAAAUCAAAACAGUCAAGCCAACAGAAACAAAACCAGCCAGCUCUACAAAAGCAACUUCAGGCUCAGCAAAAUCAACAAGUUAAAGAAAGAAAAGAGAACCAAAAACAGGUACAAAAUCAACAAGCUCAUUCGCAAAAAGAAUCCAAGAGAAUCUGGCCUGAUCUAGCUAAAUCCGAAAAGAACGAUGGCUGGUCUUACAAUAGUGAUUCCCCAAGCCCUGAUCCAAAUGCGGUAUCCUCUGUCGAGUUCCCAUCUCAAAACCAGCUAUGGAAACCUGAUAAUUUAUCAUCUGAGAAACACAUUUGGGGUCAAGCCUGUUCAAAAAACUCAACAACCAUAUCUCUAGCUGAAAUCCAGCGACUUCAAGAGGCUAAAGAAAGAGAGGAAAAAAUUAAGCAAGCUCAAGCUCAGACUGAACGGCAAAAUAUUUAUUUCGAUAUUCUUUACAGAGAAAAACAAUCAAAUGCCCAACAGUUAUUUGAGCAACAGCAGAAACAGCAAAUGAAGAAUCAGUUGACUUGGGCCAGAAGUCACUUACAACAAACGCAAGCUCCUGUAAAGACAUUGACUGAGAUUCAAAGAGAAGAAGCGCAAAAGCUUGAGAAACAAAAAAAGGUCGAAGAAAAGAAAACUGUUAAGCAAAACACUGUUACAAGCUGUGGAAUAUGGAGUAAUGCAGCAAGUCAGUUAUCCUGGAAAGGGUCUUCCACUAAUGCCUGGAAUCAAUCCUCUGUUAAUACCGGUUCAUCAAAUCAAACAUCAUCUUCAUCGGGGCCAAAUUUUUCAAGUAACAUGGGUGAAGCUUUUUGGGAAACACCCGCUGUUAAAGAAAGCAAAUCUAAUGCACCAAAACAGCAAAAAAGUAGUGCCUUGCAGCACAGCAAUAAGUCCAGUGGUGGUAAUAAUAGCGGGUGCAGUGGUAAAUCUAAAUCUAGAAAAGAUGAAGAAGCUGUAAAAAAAGUGUUUAAUCGGCAAAAGACAGAUGAGUUUACUCAAUGGUGCACCGAAGCACUGAGCAAAUAUAAAUCAUCUAUUGAUAUUCCAACGUUUGUUGCAUUUCUCAAAGAUGUUGAAUCUCCAUUUGACGUUAACGAUUAUGUAAACUCUUAUUUGGGUGACACUAAAGAAACAAAAGAUUUUGCCAACCAGUUCUUAGAAAAAAGAUCAUUUUUCCGCAAUCAAGCUAAAAAAGAAGCAUCAGAGGAACUGAUGUGGGGUCCAGCUCCUGCUAUAACUCCGUCCGUUAUUAAAUCCUCACACAAUAAUCCUUCAUCCAACAAUGGAGGAGAUGGUAACUCUGGGGCCGCAUCAAAGAAGAAGAAGAAGAAGGCAAAGAAAGUUGCUAAUUCGAUCCUCGGAUUCACUGUUCAGUCUGAUCCUGACAGAAUUAAUGCAGGAGAGAUUGAAACGGUGGAUAAAUAAAUUUUUGGUCAACUUUUCUGAUGAUAACAAUUAGAACGCGGAAAUUUUUCGAGAACAAUGUUUUGAUUCAAAAAAAAGCUUCAGCUAAUAUCGCCUUGCUUCACAGUCAUCUCCGCUAGUUCUGUCGUAUUAUCUUAUUAUCCCGUUAUGCUGUUUCAAAGAUUGUCUUUUUUAGUCUGGCUUCCCUUGACUGAUAUUCAUUUAAUUAAUCUGUUAUUUUGAUUUGCUUUAUUCUCAGAAAUUUUAGCUUAUCAAACCUUUUUUCGUCGACUCAACCAACUAAACAGAAAAGAAUUUAAUUUAAGGAAAAUUAUUCCAUCAAAAAAUCAUCGUUAAAUUGAUUGUAAAUUGUUGUAUAAUCACAAUGAUGAGGCAGCAAAUUUCGGUCAAAUAUUGAUAUCAAUCAGAUUUGGUAAUUCGUUGACCUUAUCUUGUCAAGUUUUUAUUGUCAUUAAUAUGGUAAAACGAGAUAUAACAGUAGCAAA